CCUGGCUCCCUCUCUCUCUCUCUCUUUCUCUCCCCAUCUCGAUCUCUGUCUCAUAGAAGGCAAUGGCUGAGGACGGAGACGACCUGAUCGACCUAGCGGCGGAAACUUCUCCGGUGCCUCAGAGAAAGCUCAGGCGCCUCAAGAGAUCUGGGGCCCCAGAUCUCGAGCCCAAGACACCAAUUUCGAAAACCCUAGAUUUCGGGAAUCCGGAAGAAAAGGAAAUCGCGGGGUUUAUGAGAUCGCCUCUUCUGGACGGGUUUGAUUCGGAUGGUUUUCGGCGGGCGGAGGUUGCUGUCUCGGGGGAUCUUGCGGAAGAGGUCGGAGGGUUUGAGGAGACUGGUAACGUUUCUGGCCUACCGGAUGAAGGAGAACAGGGGGUUGAGAAUUUUGGAGACGGUGCCUUUUAUAGGGGUAACGAUGGAGAGGCCAGACCUAUGGAGGUUUUGGGGCAGGAUGCUGAUGGCAGGCAGGGCGAUCGAGCAGAAGAACGUAACGAGGCUUCUGAAAAUGAUGGCGAAUCUAGUGGUGACGAUGGGGAGGAAGAACGUGUUGUGGCUUCUGAAAAUGGUGGUGAAGAUAGCCCUGAUAGUGGGGGAGAAGAGCAUAUGGAGGAGUUCACAAGUGCUGCUGAUUUUAGCAGCAGAUGCGAAGAUGAGGUGCAAGGGGCGUUGCGGGAGGAUAGAAUCUUCACAAAAUCAGCCGAUUCAGCUCAUUUGAAAACAAAGAGAAGGCGCGGAUCCGACGGAGAAGGAAAGACGAAGAAACGGGGCAGGAACACUAAGGUUGGAAGUAACGACGAGAGGGGGAGCAUCUCAGCUUCCAAUAAACGAAAACUAGAGAAGGAAAGAAGGGCUUAUCUGCAGCAACUUCAUGCGGAAUCCCAGAGACUCCUUCGAGAAACUCGCGACGCAUCGUUCAAACCGGUGGUAGGUGUCAAGAAACCAGUUUCCUCCUUGCUCGAGAAGAUGCGUCAAAGGAAGCUUGAGUUGAUGCGAAGGAACGCUGAGCUGUUUACUGAUGAUAUUGCUGGUGCUGAUAAACCGGAGAGGGACACUAAUGUUGACGAAGAGAACUUGAACGCUGCAGGGAUAAAGCACGACCUGAUAGAGGAGGAAAAGUCUGACCCUCAUGUCGAUCGUAUAAGAUGUGAGGCAGAUCACUUAGUAAAUGAUGAAUCGUUUCUUCCUAGUUCACCUGGUAAUGCUUGCGGAGGUACUGCCGCCAAUGCUGCAUUACCUGAUGAAGGUGUGAAGGCUUUUAGGACUGCUUUGGAUGAUACUCAGGACAUUUUGUGUGAUACCCAACUGGGAGAGGACAAACAGGAUAUUAAUGCUGGGGUUUCACAAGAGGAAGAUGAGUUUUCUCCUUCCGUGUUGAACAUGAAUUUGAUGCUCGACUCUGUUCCACAGGAUGACGAGUCAUUUGAUGAAGAUGAUGAUAAAGAAAAUAUCAACCCAUUUCUUGGCAAAGAUGAUAUGGCACGUCAUUCAAAAGGGGAUCCAGUGAAAGUUUUUGUGGAUGAUGAAGCAGAGCAAGACAGUGAUGGUGGCUCACUUCAUUGCGAUGAAGAAGAGGAAGUGGAAAAUGAAGACAAGGAGCUUGAAGAUCUGAUUGCAACUGGAGACGAAGAAAUGCCCAUAGACCGUGAAAAGCGUGAUGUGCUCCACCAGAAAUGGCUCGAAGAGCAGGAUGCUGCUGCUACAGAUGAUCUUCUGCAAAGGUUGAAAUGCAAUUGGAAUGGAAAGCCUUCUCAAGACGGGGAAGAAGAAAGUGAUUAUGACAUGGACAGGGAUUCCAUUAGCGAAGGUGAUUUAGGUGGCGCAAGCCCGACUAGAGUGGUUCAAAGAAAUAAGAAGUUGAAGCUUGAUCUUUUCAAGAUAUUUCCAGAUAGGGAGGCCGCUUAUGUUUCAUCAGAUGAAGAUGAAGCUGAACAGAGUUACUUAUCCGAGCUUGUCCUUCAGCAAUCAGAAAAACAAACUUAUUUACCUCCUGAAGAAGAUGAUGGUUCUAGAGAAGUCUUUGGGCGCAUAAAGAAGUUGAAUAUUGCUCCAAAUAACAAAAAGAAGCCAAAGACUACUCCAUCUUACUUUGAUUCUCUAAUGUCUGGAGUAAACAGCAAUAGCUCUUCAAGGUCGUCUUUCCUGGGACGUGGGCAGAGCCAUUCAUUGAGACCAACCAACAAACUGGGAGUAAACAUGGUUAGAUCAUUUAUAUUUGGCCGUGAAGAUAGCAACAGCAGGAGUGGUAUUCAAAUGGCUGAUGAUCUGCACACUGAUAAGAAAGAAACCUUGGUGGAUGAGCAAAUGAAGAUGAGUACCUCACAGUCCAAAACAAAGACUGCAACUGCUGGGGGCUGCAACACAAAGAAAGUGCCUGACGCUAAUGCCGGUCUCUCUCUCUUUGAGAUCCUGAGGCGCUCUUCCUUCAGUACAGAGAAAAGCUCGUCCGGUAACAGUCUAAACUGCAGCGAAAUGACAUUUGAUGCAUUUAAAACUGUUAGGCCUACUGCUAAGAUUGAGAAAAGGGUAAGAUAAUAAUUCUUUUGUUCUUGGAUUAUUCGGUCCUCCGGUUUAAAAUAAAGCUUCGCUUUAAUAAA